AUGUACACUCUGCUGGUGGUGUUGGUUUUCGGCCUCCAAGUGACGAUACUAGACUCGGCCUCUGUCCCGAGCUCGUCCUUGAGGAAGAGCGUGACAGUGCAACACGAGGGUGACGUGCUGGACACACCAGAGUGGCUGCAGAAAAUCCCCGAGGAGAGCAAGGUGGCCAAGUACCGCAAGAGACGCUUCUUCUCCUUCCCAACUGGAUCCUCAUUCUUUAUCAGGACCACCAUACGAAUCGCUGUGGCUGGUUUCGGCAUCUCUAAUGGUCUGGCAAUCGCCAGUACUAGUUUCUUCUACUUGCCCAACGACACCAGGAUUAACUUCGGACGUUCCAUGGAAGCGAUGGAGCAGCGCCUCGAUUUCUACCACCAAGCUGAACAGUUUCUUGACAGCCUGGGGUUUGACGGUCACGCCUGUGCAUUGAGAACCAUAUGUGAGGUCGCCGAGACGCCCUUUCAACAAGGUCUCUUCGGGGAGGUGGUAAACUUAAUGUUGUCGGUGACAUCAUCGUUCAGCGAUGUGGGGAACAGCGUGGAUAACGAGUACACCACCGCCGAAUACUACGGGCGUGUACACGGCUCCUGCCACGCCAUCUACCCGCAGUGUCCCGUGUCCUUCACCGACAUCUUUACCAGCAUUAUCCCGAUCUACUAG